CUCAAUUUUAUUGAAUUUUCUCACGCUCCUUUACUUUUUUUUAAAAAAAAAAUGAAACAUCAUCUGUCUCUUAUAAAACUCUCAAUAAUUGAACCUCUCUCCCCUCUCUCUCUUCUUGAUUUCAACUUUGAGAAUCUUUCAUUACUCCGUAGAGAGAAAGGGAUCGCCUUUUCUCACUCUCUCUCCCUCUGUCUCUGCAUAGAGUUUGAUUGCGUUUGAGUCUUGAAGACCCAUCACAUUGGGGAGUGUUUGUCUGCCUGUUUGAGGAGAAAGGGUCCUUUUGCACUAUUAUUAUUAUUCUCCAUGGCUAGUAAUGAGAAUCUACCACCCAAUGUUAUCAAGCAGCUCGCCAAGGAACUCAAGAGUCUUGACGAGUCUCCUCCUGAUGGCAUCAAGGUCCUCGUCAAUGACGAGGACUUCUCACAAAUAUCUGCUGAUAUUGAAGGACCAGUUGGAACUCCUUAUGAGAAUGGACUUUUCCGUAUGAAGUUGGCAUUGUCUCAUGAUUUUCCACAUUCUCCGCCUAAAGGCUACUUCAUGACAAAGAUAUUCCAUCCCAAUGUCGCUUCUAAUGGAGAGAUCUGCGUUAACACCCUUAAAAAAGAUUGGAACCCUAGUCUUGGAUUAAGACAUGUUCUCUCUGUUGUGAGGUGCUUACUAAUCGAGCCAUUUCCAGAAUCUGCAUUAAACGAACAGGCUGGAAAGAUGCUACUUGAGAACUAUGAAGAGUAUGCUAGGCAUGCUCGGCUUUACACGGGUAUCCAUGCUAAACCAAAACCUAAGUUCAAGACAGGAGCUAUCUCAGAGUCAACAACGGCUCUAAAUGUUGGCGGCCAGACCACCAACAACGAGACGCCUGGUGCACUACCACCCUCUUCAGUGGCGGACAUCAAUAGAGUAACAACAGCGACUGCCAAAGACCAACAACAACAAGUGGCUAACAACGUUCCUGUUGCGGCAGCAGGAUCUGCAAAUGUGGCGGCCACUACGACGACACAGAAAAGAGAAGCCGGUUUGGCCAAGGUUCAAGCAGACAAGAAGAAGGUAGAUGCCAGAAAGAAGAGCUUGAAGAGACUAUGAUCAUCAUCACUCACGUGUCUCAUUUAUCUUGUCUCCAUCUCAUAAGUGUGUUUGGAUUCUUCUUUCAUGUCAUGAUGACUCUGCCCCCUUUUUUGGAGUGACGAUAAUAAAUUUCUAAAAUUAGAAAACAAA